GCUUUACCCGCUAAACAAAAGGGUGCCCCCUCUCUCUUAUCUUCUGACUUUCAUUUUAUAGGCCAGCUUUAACUAUUUCUCUCUGUCCCUCUCUCUCUGCAUUCCGUCUGUAUUUUUGAUUCUCUACUACACUUUGUCUGUCUUUGCAUUUAAUUUAAUGACCUCUUUUGCACCUCACCCCCUCACCAUUUUUAAAUGCUUUGCAAGAAACUUCCCCCCACCAGCCACCUCAUUUCUUUAACUGAAGUUGAACAAGUGUAAAAAGAGGAGAUCUUACAUUUCCAAACAGCACUCAAGAAAUGACUAAAGAUGAGGACUUUAAGCUGUUCAAGAUCCAGACUUGUUUUCUCAGAGUGAACAUACACUGUGACGGCUGCAAGCAGAAAGUGAAGAAAAUCCUUCAAAGGAUUGAAGGAGUUUACCAUGUAAGCAUAGAUGCAGAGCAACAAAAGGUGAGCAUCUCAGGAAGUGUGGGUUCUGCAACACUAAUCAAGAAACUAGUGAGGGCUGGUAAGCAUGCUGAGCUCUGGUCUGAAAAGGGAAACCAAAAUCAGAAGCAAAAAUCCCCUAGCAAAGAAGACAGCAAGAGCAACAAAGGGCAGAAGCCCAAGAAUCUUGAAUCCUUAAAAGACAAGCACAACUUCCCGUUGGUGUCGGAUGACGACGACGGCGAAGACUGCGGCGGCUACAGCGAAGAGGAGAUGCAGCUCUUAACGGCCAUGCUGAAUGCUGAGGCGGCCAAGAAAGGCAAUAAUAACAACACUAAUGCUGCGAAGAAAGGAAACCAAAAUCAGGGUUUAUCAAACAUAGGCGUUGAAGGGACGAGGGGAAAUGACAUUAGUGCUAUGAUGAAUCUUGCUGGUUUCCACGGCAACGGAGCAGGCAUUCUUGGAGUUGGAGGUGGAAGUGGAUUUCAGCUGCAGCCAAACGCCGGGGGAUUUCCCUUCAAUGUGGGCUCGGCGGGCCACAAUCCGGCGGCGUUGAACGGCUACGUCAAUCCGAUGAUGAGUCUGCAGAGCAGGCAGCAGCCGCAGAUGAUGUACAAUCGAUCAACGUUGAUUCCUCCCACCACGGGCUACUACUACAACUACGCCGUUGCUGAGCCUGCUGCAGCUGUUUUCAGUGAUGACAACGCUACCAGCUGCUCGAUUAUGUGAAAAAUUCGACUAGUAUUUGUGUUUUUGGCUUUUGAUGGUUGGACCGUUAUGUAUGUAAGUAUGUUGGAGUCUGAUGCUAAGCUUGUAAGUUUGUAGUUUCAAGCAUUAGGAGUUUUGGGACUUUAUCCUAUUAUUAUUAUUAUUGUUAUUAUUGUUCAAUGUUAGAAUCCCCAUGCUUGUGUAAUGGAGUACAUGAUGUUGUUUUUC